AUGAAGGGAAAGGGAAAAGCGAAGACAGGCAGCGAUGGGUCAAACAAGAAUGCCUUUUCUUCAACCCUGCUGCUCCCCAACACCGACUUUCCGAUCAGAGCAGAUGCACCCAAGCGUGAGCAUCUCUUCCGGGGGCGUACGACAACGGAUUUGUAUCGUUGGCAAUGGUCGCGAUUUAAGCAGCCUGACACUGAGCCGGAACGACCUUUCAUGCUGCACGAUGGACCACCGUACGCAAACGGACAUCUGCACAUGGGUCAUGCGUUGAACAAGAUUCUCAAGGACUUCAUCAACAGAUACCAGGUCCUUCGUGGCCGAGGCGUUCACUACGCGCCCGGCUGGGACUGUCACGGGCUUCCGAUUGAGCUGAAGGCGCUUUCGGAGCUCGAGUCCGACAUUAACCUGGAAGCGCUAGAGAUCAGGCAGCUGGCACGUCGUAAAGCUCUCGAGGCCAUUGAAGUGCAAAAAGGAGAAUUCAAGGAGUUCGGAAUCAUGGCCGAUUGGGAUGAUCCACGGCGAACUUACCGUACGCUGGACGUCGAUUAUGAGAUUCGACAGCUCAAAAUCUUUGGAGAAAUGGCGAAGAAGGGCCUAAUCUAUCGCGCCAGACGGCCUGUCUACUGGUCCCCUUCUACGCGCACGGCCCUAGCGGAAGCAGAAUUAGAGUACAUCGAAGAUUACCUUUCUCAUUCUGUCUAUGUCCGCUUGCCCCUCGCAUCGUUCUCGGACGAUCUUCGCGCAUCGCUAGAAGCCACAAGGGAACAGGGCAACGGGAAUGAUCUCACAAGAAAGGCUCUUGAAGGGACGAUUGCGAUUGACCUUGUCGUCUGGACGACAACGCCAUGGUCACUGCCAUCUAACAUGGCGGUGGCUGUCCAUCCCGAUCUAGAGUAUAGUCUUGUCGCACUAGAACGACAGCCACACGAAGAAUAUACACUGCCGAGGUUGUUAAUCGUUGGAACCGAUCGUAUCGAAGCCAUUUCCAAGGUACAAGCCGGACCAUACACGCCAGUGCCACGACGAAAUCAACAACCACAGCUCACAACGGGCGUGAUUGUUCCAGACGACGCAAGUGAAGAAUCCCAGCGCAUGCCUGUAGCUGAAGCAGUUGGUCCACAGCUCGUUGGGCCGCUGAAGGAGCUCGCACGGUUCCGUGGAAGUGUUCUUCUCGGUUCCAGCUAUGUGCCCCCACUUCAGCGAACCGAUCGGGAGAUUGGCUUGCGGGCCUCGAGUACAAGCAGGCCGGUCAUCGGUGCCGACUACGUGACGGCCGAGACAGGUACUGGUCUUGUGCACACUGCUCCUGCACACGGUGCAGAGGACUACGAGUGCAUGAAAGGGUUAGGGUUACUCGACCGGGAGCAGCCUUUUUCACCCAUUGACGAUAGUGGCUGCUUUACGGAUGACCUAUCGUUGCUCGGAUUCACACUGGUGGCGCCUGAUGUCACGUCUACAGAAGGGGCAGCAUCAGUGCCAGGGUCUGCGAUUUCUGCAGCGCAGCUGGUCGGCCAGGAAGCUCUGGGACAAGGGGGGCGCACGAUUGUCUCCCUACUUCACAAAUCCGGACUGUUGCUCAGUGAGGCUCCACAACGCCAUCGAUACCCGUGUGACUGGCGUUCCAAGCACCCAAUAAUCAUACGCGCUACGUGGCAAUGGUUUGCAGAUCUCUCACGCAUCAAAUCUCAUGCGCUCAAAGCCCUAGAACACGUUCACUUUACACCUACCACAUCGCGGACAAGGCUGCAGAGCUUUGUUCAAGGUAGAAGCGAAUGGUGUAUAUCUCGCCAGCGCGCGUGGGGCGUGCCAAUACCGGUACUGUAUGAUGAAGCGUGUGGGCAGCCACUGCUCACCGUUGACAACAUCGAACACAUCGUCGGCGUGCUCAAAGAAAAGGGGAUGGACUACUGGUGGACUGGAGAGGCGGAUGAAUUCGUCGCGCCACAGUAUGCGCGAGAGAAAAGCGGGAAAUGUUGGAUUAAGGGAACGGACACGAUUGAUGUCUGGUUCGACUCCGGAAGCUCAUGGGCUGUCAUGGAGGACUAUCUCCAUGAAGAGGGAGUGGUGCAGCAUACUAAUCGCGCCGGUUACCCGGUAGCAGACGUCUACCUUGAAGGUUCAGAUCAGCAUAGGGGAUGGUUCCAAUCCUCGCUCCUUACGCGCAUUUCUACCGGCCGAGCUUCCUCGGAAGAAAACAGCCAAUGGUCCGCACCGUACAAACACAUCGUCACACAUGGCAUGGUUGUCGAUAAGGAGGGCAAGAAGAUGUCCAAGUCUAUCGGCAACACCAUCUCCCCUCUCGAGUUCAUCCGCGGGAAUGCCAAGCGGCAGAUUCCAGCGUAUGGCACCGAUGUUCUGCGCCUGUGGGUUGCGCGAAGCGAUUACACAAAGGAAGCGCCGGUUGGUAACGAAAUCGUCAAGAAGGCUGCAGAUGCAUUGAGAAAGCUAAGGAACACCGCCAGAUUCAUGCUUGCGAAUCUCAAAACGGAACGCGUGAAGCCACUCGCCAAUGUCAAGCUUGAUUUCUGUGAGCUCUAUACUCUGCACCAGCUAGCCCUGUUAGAACAAGCAUGUCUGCAAGCGUACGACGCGUUUGACUUUGCAACAGUCGCCCGAAAGCUGAACGAGUUCGUCAGCGCAUCGCUGUCCACCUUUUACCUGGACAUUACCAAAGACGUGUUAUAUUCCGAUGCACGCGACAGUCCACGCAGACAAGCAGUGCUGGCCACUCUCGAUCAGGUCCUGCGUACUCUGACAGCUAUCCUUGCUCCCAUCACGCCGCACCUUGCUGAAGAAAUCCAUCAAUAUCGACAGUCGGAUUCCGAGGCGCAUGAAUGUGACACAUUCGUUUCGGCCUUCGAAGCCGGGUGGCAACCAGUUCCCCUCAAUUUCCUCAGCUCGGAGGUAGCAGCCGAAGGUGCAGCUCUGAUGGGCCUACGACAAAAGGUGCUUUUACUCGUUGAGCAAGGUCGCCAGCAAUCUUUCCUCAAGUCGGCUCUCGAGGCCGACGUGCACAUACGAGCCACCUCAGCAAUGGACGCAAUGCUUAUGGGCGCAGUGGAAAAGCACGAGUCCGAUUUGGCACGCUUUUUAAACGUCUCGCGCCUUCUGCACCGUGAUAGUCUCGAUAUCUCUGCCUCGCAAUGGCAGGUGACAGGCGAGCAUAUGGGCCUGAGCAUCACCAUUAGCGCACCGCAGCAGGCCAAGUGCCCCAGGUGUUGGCUCUUCACUCGGUCAGAGGGCACCGAGCUUUGCGCCAGGUGUGACAGCGUAGUUCACGCGCACUGAUUGCGUAAACAUUAGUACAUAAGCUAGGCUAGGCUGCAGUUGUUGCCGGACUGGUGUUGUAACAUCGUAAGCUCAACGAAUUU